UUUUAUUAUGAAGUUCUUAUUAUCAUAGAAGUAAAAAUUGUAGAAUAAAUAACUUAUACUACUAUCUGUACUACACACACACACACACACACACAUACACACACACACACAUAUGUAUAUAAAUAAUACUAUACGUAGUAUAUCAUAUGAGUUGGGCAUCAAAACGGCGAUCGAUUUGAUAUUAUCUUGCUGAUCCUUGUAUCACAUCAUAUUGUAUGAAGGAUUUCAAGAAAGAUUGAAAAAGGUCUAUUCACCAUUGAGUUGAACUAAGAAAUACAGGGGAUGCAAUUUAUCGAAGGCAAUGAAUCUUAAUCAGUAAAAUUGCAAAAUAUGUGCAACUAACAAGAUUGUAAGGAAUGUAUCUUAUCGUCUGUGGCUGGAAGGCAUAUCGGCGAUGUGGAUCCUUUGCGUAUUGAUUAGACUUUUCCAACUUGUAAUCCUGUUGAUGUUGUCUGGUAUUCUGUUUUCCAUUGCUGCUAUUUCGCGUUUGAUGGAAAUAAUAAUUAUCGUAAUACAUCCUACCGCUAUAUUUUUACUGCGACAGUCAGCGAAUUUGAUCAUCUUCUCGACAAUCCUGACUGCAAGAAUGACGUCCUUAGCGUAUCAUGAAAUGUACGAACUUGUUAAAUGCGAUCGACAGGAAGUAGUUUCUUCGCAAGAGCCAUUACCAGAGCAAAAGAUCGCCCCUUUGCAAAUUGACGUGCGAACUUCUUUUGUGUCAUAUAAGAGAAGUCAUUUUCAAGAAAUAACUAAGUGUCCAUCUAUGGAAGAUAGAUCUAUUGCUGGACCAUCGACAGGCAAUGGAAUCAUCGAAACUUCGCAAGAUCAAUCGCAGGAUAAUAAAUUGGAGAAAUUAACUGAAGACAAUACUACUGAUUAUUUAUGAAAGGAAACUGAUUAUUUAUGGAGAAGAAUGG